UACAUGAUAAUCUCACUCUUGUAAAGUUUCAUAGUUUCUGCUUACCCUAGUUUUCUUUCCCACCCUGUUCCCUCUCCUACCAGACUGGUCUCUGAAAUGGGCAUGUACAGAGGAGACCCCAACAUGCUUUGCGUGGAGAGGACACAGCCUCUGCUGGGACAGGGAACAGAGGGAUGCAGAGACCCUGAUGAUGCUUUUGGACAGUGGUCUGAGGUUGGGACAGUGGCAGGAGGUACCAUCCAUUCACCCAGGAUCUCCAGGACAAGAGAUCAGCUUGGCAGUUACAUGUGUUUUUCUUCAAACUGGUUGCCAGGUUGGAAUGACCGAUGACAUCAGAGAUUCCAACCUUCCUGAUUGGAAGGACCGGCCUCCGUUGGCGCCUGGGAGCUCAGGUGGACAACAGCAUCUUCUCAGAGCUGUUCUCCACUCCUGACUUCUCCUAGCCUCAAGAAUUGAUAAUACACUCUUCCGGGUCCUAGCAGAGUCCAGAAGGCGGCUUUGGACAGAACAGAGACUAGGUUCCGUGGGUUGGGACAGAUUUUGGAAAGAUCAUGACCAGUUGUCAACCGCACCCCCAGGAUGAGGAGCAGAGCCCCCAGCUGAGCACCUCGGGGUACCCCCGCCAGGAGGUGGUAGAUAAUGAAGUGUCAGGACCAUCAGCCUCUGGGGUAGAUCCCAGCCCCCCAUGUAGGUCCCUUUGCUGGAAAAGGAAGAGGGAGUGGUCGGACAAAUCUGAGGAGUCAUCGGAGGAGGAGCCAGAGAAGGAGCUCGCCCAUGAGCCUGAGGAGACCUGGGUGGUGGAGAUGCUGUGUGGGCUCAAGAUGAAGCUGAAGUUGAAGCUGAAGCAACAGCUAGUGUCGUCCGUGCUCCCUGAGCACCACGAGGACUUCAACAGGCUGCUUGCCCCUGGGGUAGAUCCUAGUCCCCCGCGUAGGUUCCUUUGCUGGAAAAGGAAGAGGGAGUGGUCGGACGAAUCUGAGGAGUCAUCGGAGGAGGAGCCAGAGAAGGAGCUCGCCCCUGAGCCUGAGGAGACCUGGGCGGCGGAGACGCUGUGUGGGCUCAAGAUGAAGCUGAAGCGACAGCGAGUGUCAUGCGUGCUCCCUGAGCACCACGAGACUUUCAACAGGCUGCUUGAGGAUCCUGUCAUUAAAAGAUUCCUGGCCUGGGACAAAGAUCUGAGGGUGUCCGACAAGUAUCUCCUGGCUAUGGUCAUAGCAUAUUUUAGCCGUGCUGGCCUCUUCUCCUGGCAAUACCAACGCAUUCAUUUCUUCCUGGCUCUCUACCUGGCCAAUGACAUGGAGGAGGACAACGAGGCCUCCAAACGAAACAUCUUCUACUUCCUGUACGGGAAGAACCGAUCCCAGAUACCCUUGUUCCAUAAGCUUCGGUUCCAGUUCUUCUGUUCCAUGCGCUGCAGGGCUUGGGUUUCCCUGGAGGAGUUGGAGGAGAUCCAGGCUUAUGACCCAGAGCACUGGGUGUGGGCACGAGAUCGCGCCCGCCUUUCCUAGAGCACCAGGGAACAUGGAGGCCUGAGGUCAUCGGCCUGAGGGAAGAACACCGGGCCCAGGGGAGAUGCGGAUUUUCAGCAGGAACUUUAUUCCAAUGCUAAUGGCAGACACCAGGAAGGAGGAGAGGAGCCAUUUGUGCAGAUCAUCUAGAAGAACCUGGACUGUUCUAGAUGGAGCUGAAUAGAGUGAUCACCGUUGUCCUCCUAGGACAAAGCGGGUACUUCUAGGAAUCCACAGAGAACAGUGAGAAACCAGGGGUGUUCCUGGUUCCACCCCUUCCUGCAGCACCACCUCUCUUUUUUUAUAUUGCUGAAUUCCAACCUCCCCGGGGCGGAACCUGGAGGUCUUGUUUCCUAUGGACUUGGUUGCCACAGUCCAGGAGCAUUUGAAGGCACAGUGCAGACACUCAGAUUGGCACAGAAUUCUUUGUAAAAUAUGAGUGCCAUAGACUGUAACAGAUAGCUUCAUGCACACUAUGCAUUUAUUGGUUUGUUUGGAAAAUGUUGUCCAUCAAAUUAUUAAUAGGUUUAUUUCAAAUA